AGAAAUUGCAUUCCCGCGCAAAUAAUUUCUAUUUUUAGUUUCUAGAACUUCAAGAUGUCUGACGAAUGGGAUGCCGAAGAUUUCGAGCCAGAAGUACCUGUGAAGACAACGGAUCAGUGGGAAGGGGAGGAUGAAGAUGAUGUCAAGGAUAAUUGGGAGGAUGACGAGGAUGAAGAAAAGAAGACAGAAGAAAAAGAUGGAGAAGCCAAGCCUUUCCAGAGAAAGAAAAAGAAAUUAGCUGACAGAAUAGCAGAAAAACAAGCAGCCAAACUUGCUGCAGGAGAGAUUGAACAAGAGAAAAAUAGGAAAUUAACACCAGAAGAAGAAAUUGCAGAUAAGCUUAAAAAGCAGAGAUUACAAGAAGAAUCAGAUUUACAGUUAGCAAAAGAAGCUUUUGGUAUUAAUAAAGGUUCAGGUAUAGAUGGAAUGUUCCCAGAAGAUGAAGAAAGUUUUGACAAGUUUGGUGAAGCUAUAAAAAAUAAAAUUACAUUUUUUGAAAAAUCGAAACAUUACUGUUCAUUUUUAGAAAAACUCUUCACAGAUUUAGUAGUUAGUUUGGAAGCUGAAGACUGUAGAAAAUUGGGACAAAAUUUAACAAAUAUAUACCAUGAAAAACAGAAAAUAGUAAAGGAAUUGAAUAAGAAAAAGAAGAAGAGUAAAAUUACAUUGAAAUCAGAGAGAGACAAUGACUUUAACGAUUUAGCAGCGUCAUCUAGUGGCAAUUAUGGUUAUGAUGAUGUAGACGAUGAUUUUAUAUAGAAGCUAGCAAAUAGUAUGGUCCUACAUCUGCCUUUCACUUAUACUACACGUCAGAAAAAAUAAGGAGACCAAAAUGGAAAAAUUACUUAAUUUCAUUGUAGGAAAAUGUACUAAGAUGUUCAAAGAAUAUUUAAUUGUUCUUAUUGCAUGCUUUUCUGGAGGGAGGGAAAUCCAUUUGUUUAAAUUUAAUUGUAAGAUAAAAUGUGUUCUGCUUUAUUUGAACAUUUGUUAAUAGAUUGUAAUUCAUAAGACUUUUAGAAAAGUUCUGAUAGUUAUGAAUUAAACUUAACUCCACAUAUGUACACAUAUACAUUCUUAUGCAUUUCAUUAAUCUUACGUAAAUUAUUUAAUGCUAAACUAGAUUAUAUAAACUUGUUUGUUUAACUAGCAUUAACUAGAUUAUAUAAACUUUUUUGUUUAACUAGCUUUCACUUAAAUCUCAAGUUUAACCACCUUUUUACAGUCUUCAAAUUUAUUUAGGUAUUAGAACAUAUUAUUUUUGAACACCAUGUUUUAAUUUUCAUGAGUUUUCAUAAUGUAGUGUCUUUUAAGAUACAUUUGACUAUAACAAGCAAAUGUUGUUUUAUAAACCUCAGAUUUAAUGAAAGCUGGGUUUUUUGCUAAUGUAAUCAUGAAUUUUUGUUACCUAUUAACAAUAUUUCAUUUUGGCUGAUGACUGGUUGGUGUGUUAUAUUUGCUAAAACGCUCUAAAAUAUGUUCUUAUGCCCAGUCUUAUGAACUUUCUGGUCUGCCCAUCUGUUAAUCAGACCUGUAUUUAUAGGUUAAAUUUUCUGUUUACGGUAGUUAACUAUGAAAUUGUUGCAUGGUGUCUUGUGGAUCUUGUUUAUCAGUCAUAAAAAAAAAUAUUUGAUGUAAAAUUCAACAUACGUGACAUAUUGACAGAAAAGGUUACAAUUCUUUCAUGUAUUGUGAAUGUCAGUUAAUACUUUGUUUUUGUAUUUACAUUUUUAUCUUUUGUUUUGAUUUGUGGAGGAGCUUAUGAAGUCCAAAUUGUCCUAGAUUCUUAUCAUGACUAAAGGGGAGACAAUUCAAUACUAUAAUGAUUUGUAAAUAGAAAUUAUCUCCCUUAAUCUCACAUGUUUGAUCUGACAAUUUUCAUGUUGAUUUUAGGGGAAUCUUGUAUGUACAUUUGUGCUCUAAGAAAUUUUCUUUUGUGAAAGCAUGUAAUAUUCAAAGUAACAAAGCAACAAAGCAUUCAAACUUUCAACUAAAUAAUUGUUUUGUCUUUGCCUGUACACAUUGAAGACGAGUAUUUAAUAUAUAGAUUGACUUUCUGUUCCUUUUUGUUUUUUACAUCAAUUUAACUUUUUCAUACAAAUUUUGUCAAUGGUGACCCUAGUUAUUUUUUGUAUCUGCAAAAUUCAUUUUAUAUAACAUGUAGUUUAAAAACAUACUAUUGAAAUAAUGAAGUGCAUUGUCCAUUAUUAUGUUAUUUAUUGAUAAAUAAAGUUACAAAACCAAUAAACAUAUUUAAGAAAAA